CAAGGUCUCUCAUCUCUCUCUCUCUAAACAUGGAUCACCGUUUCUCUCUCCUCUUCGUUUUCUCUCUCGUCAUUGCGACGUCCUUCGCCUCAGCCGCCGAUCCGGACGGCGAUGACGUCAUAAUCCGGCAGGUCGUCGGCGAGGACCAUCAGUUGAACUCCGACCACCACCACUUCAGCCUCUUCAAGAGCAAGUUCGGAAAGUCGUACGCCACCAAGGAGGAGCACGAUCACAGGUUCUCGAUCUUCAAGUCUAACCUACGCCGGGCUCGCCGCCACCAGCAGCUCGACCCCACGGCGGUCCACGGCGUCACUCAGUUCUCCGAUCUGUCUCCGGCGGAGUUUCGCCAGAAACACCUCGGCUUGAGGAGGCGCCUCAAGCUUCCAUCCGACGCUAACAAGGCUCCGAUCCUUCCGACAAAUGAUCUCCCGACAGAUUUCGAUUGGCGAGAUCACGGAGCCGUCGCGCCCGUAAAGAAUCAGGGUUCUUGUGGAUCAUGCUGGUCGUUUAGUGCCACUGGGGCCUUGGAGGGUGCGAAUUUCCUUGCAACAAGGAAGCUUGUGAGCCUUAGCGAGCAACAACUUGUGGAUUGUGACCAUGAGUGUGAUCCAGAGGAAGCUGAUUCUUGCGACUCUGGUUGCAAUGGUGGGCUAAUGAAUAGUGCCUUUGAGUACACACUCAAAGCUGGUGGACUUAUGCGAGAAGUGGACUAUCCUUACACCGGUACUGAUCGUGGAACCUGCAAAUUUGACAAGACCAAGAUUGCUGCUUCAGUAGCUAACUUUAGUGUCAUCUCCCUCGAUGAAGACCAAAUUGCCGCAAAUCUCGUGAAAAAUGGUCCUCUGGCAGUGGCUAUAAAUGCAGUUUACAUGCAGACAUAUGUUGGGGGAGUUUCAUGCCCAUACAUAUGCUCGAAGCGCUUAGACCAUGGGGUUUUGCUGGUAGGAUAUGGAUCAGCUGGCUAUGCUCCGAUCAGAAUGAAGGAAAAGCCAUACUGGAUCAUAAAGAACUCUUGGGGAGAGAAUUGGGGCGAAAAUGGAUUCUACAAAAUCUGUCAAGGCCGCAAUAUUUGUGGAGUGGACUCUAUGGUGUCGACUGUUGCUGCUGUUCAUAUUGCCUCCUCUCAUUAGUUACAUGAAUUCUAAAAUGUAUAUAAGGAGUUUGUAUAGCAACUCCACAUUGUCAGACAUUCAAUCUCUUUUUCUCAAGGCAUACAGGACGACUUUCUAAUGCAUAUUCACGUAUGGCAAAA